GCUUGGGUUGCCAAUCUCAGCCGGACGGGCCGCCCACUCCGCCUCCAGCCCCGCGAGAGAGUGGGCGGGGCCCUCCUCGUCGCUUAGUCCGGCCCAGAGAGAGAGCGAGAGAGAGAGCGAGAGAGAGAGAGCAAACGAGGGCGGAGAAACCCAGGCCGAUCGGAGGGGAACGACGACAGAACCCGGGCAGCAGCAGCCGCAGCCAUGGAUGCUCUUGUUACGUACAAAGAGAUCUUCCUGCAAUAUUUAAAUAAGAUCAGAAAUGUUGUGAAUGAAAAGUCUGCUGGGACUGAACCAUGGCAAUUGAUAGCAUCAACAGUUGUAGCUACCCUGCUGCUUGUUUGGCUACACACAUUCCUCUUCCAACCGGAAAGUUUGACAUCACGAUUUAAAAAAUGGUUCUUCAGAUUUAUACGUAAACUGCCUUUCAUCGGUACUGAGAUACAGAAGCAAAUGAACAAGACUAUGGACGAUAUGGCUUCUGGUUUGUCAUUCUUGCAAGACAAAAAGCGUUACAUCAAAACCUUGCCAGCAAAAGGCCUGAGUCAACCCGAAGUCUUAAAAAUGAUGAAAGAAUACAAUGCUAUGGGUGACGUACACUGGGAAGAUGGCAAAGUAUCUGGGACAGUGUAUAGUGGAGAAGAGAAACUCACCAAUCUGCUUGUUAAGGUUUAUCAGGAGUUUGCAUGGAGUAACCCUCUUCAUCCAGAUAUCUUCCCAGGCUUGAGGAAGAUGGAAGCAGAGGUGGUGAGAAUGGCUUGCACACUCUUCCAUGGUGGACCCAAUUCUUGUGGAACGAUGACCUCUGGUGGGACAGAAAGCAUAUUGAUGGCCUGUAAAGCUUACAGAAACCUGGCGUAUGAAAAAGGAAUCAAGUACCCAGAAAUGCUCGUCCCCCAAAGUGUGCAUGCCGCGUUUGAUAAAGCUGCUCAUUAUUUUGGGAUGAAGAUUGUACACAUUCCAUUAACCAAAUCUAUGCAAGUGGAUGUUAAGGCAAUGAAGAGAGCCAUUUCCAAGAAUACGGCCAUGUUGGUCUGUUCAGCACCUCAGUUCCCUCACGGGGUCAUGGAUCCUAUUGAGGAAGUAGCAAAGCUUGCAGUGAAAUAUGACAUUCCCUUCCAUGUGGAUGCCUGCCUUGGAGGCUUUCUCAUUGUCUUUAUGGAAAAAGCAGGGUUCCCUCUAAAGCAUCCCUUUGAUUUCCAAGUGGAGGGGGUCACCAGCAUUUCUGCGGAUACCCACAAGUAUGGUUAUGCUCCAAAAGGCUCUUCUGUAAUACUGUACAGAGACACGAAAUACCGGCACCAUCAGUUUUUUAUCGCUCCUGACUGGCAAGGAGGGAUCUAUGCCUCCCCUACCAUUGCGGGUUCCAGGCCUGGUGGCCUCAUUGCAGCUUGCUGGGCAACUUUAAUCCACAUAGGAGAAGACGGUUAUGUGGAGGCCACUCGGAAAAUAAUUUCAACAGCACGGUACCUUGAAUCAGAGUUGAGGAAAAUUGACAACAUCUUUAUUUUGGGAAACCCUGAAGUAUGUGUCCUUGCUUUAGGGUCUGACACAUUUGACAUAUAUCAGUUAUCAAACAUGUUAUUAACUAAAGGAUGGAACCUGAACACUCUGCAGUUUCCACCAAGUAUUCAUAUUUGCUUAACACUCCUGCACACAAAACCUGGAGUGGCAGAGCAACUCUUGAAUGAUAUCAGAGAAUGCGUCAAGGAAAUCAUGAAGGACCCAAAAGCCAAGACUACUGGAAUGGGUGCUAUUUAUGGCAUGGCACAAACCAUACCCGACAGAAGCAUGAUUUCAGAGAUCGCCGGGGGUUACUUGGAUUGCCUAUACUGUACAGACGUUCCUUCAUCAGCAAAUGCACAAAUGAAUGGCUCUCCAAGCCACCAUUGAUUCUGGCAUAACUGUUCUACAGUGGCUAAGUGGCAUUUUAAAGAUAUCUAGGGAAAGUAAAACACAACUUGGAAGAUGUUCUUCCUGCAAGUGAAGGGGACACGGCAGCUUUGGUCAUCUGUUUCAUAAAAUCUUCCUUCCUUCCUAGGAUAAGCACAGACAUAUUUGUAACUUUUCCUUGGCUUUGAUAUCUCACAAGUUGUGUCUCUAACACCACCUCUUUGUAUUCCUUUGUGCCAGCAGGUCCUCAGAAGAGUAGCUAUAUUUUCUUGUUAAAGCAAGUCAUUCCAUCUAUGUUCUCACUUGGGUCUUUGAAAUCGGUUCAUUCCCUACCUUUCCUGUUGGAUUUGUUUUUUGUGUUGAACAGCGAGCAGUUCUAAAAGUCUGGAUGCUAACAACCUUUGGGAUAAGAACUGAAAUGAUGUAAGUGUGGUUCAGAUUGUUAUGUAUGGGAAUCUACAUUGAAUCCCAGAGACUACAGGAAGUUCUAAGGAAGUUCUCUAUUAAUUUUCACCACCCACUUGCAUGCAGACAAUAUUUUUCUAAUUUCCCUGGAGUUUUUAAAACACAAUCCACAAUUUUUGCCCAGUUGUGUCUAUCUGUUGAAAGACAACAAACAGUUCUUUUCUUUGCUGCAGGUAAAGAUACUGCCCACUGAGAGAAAUGCUAGGAAACUAUAUUUAUGAUUCCUGGGUACCAGCAUCCUAUUUGAGAAGACCAGAUAUCCUAGUUAGUGCACUUCCAAGCCUUAUACUGAGCUGAGAGUCUGUACAGAAGUUUGGCAUGGAUUUUAACUCUCAAAAUGUAAAUUGAUCUUAUUUAGCAAAUUUUGCCUUUUGGGUUUUCUUCUUGCUAAUGCAAUGACUGUGAGGUACAUUCUUGAGAAAGGAUGUGCAGGUUUUGCCUUAAUGUUAAAGGCAGUCGUUCUGGGAAACCAGGAAGGAGGCCAAAGACUGUCAAAACAGAUCAUCAACUUUUUCACGGUACUACACUGAAAAUAACCUCAGUGGCAAAUCAGCCUCAGGUAUAAUACUCCUCACCCUCCAUGUGUUAUAUUGUCUGAGCCGACCUAAUAUAACAGAGUGAAAGGACAGGCCUCUAUAAUGGUUGUAUGGAGGAGUGGCUUGAAUUAUAAAUUAUUUCCACCUUGUGGUUGUUUGCUUCUAGAAAAUAGCUAUAAUUAUUUUUGUGAAAUUUCUGGGGCAAAAGGCAAGUAACCACUAGUUUGUUCCAAGGCUUAGACAAGGGUUGGAGUAGUUUCCAGUCAGGUCUUGAGCCAUUUCUGUAUAGCACUAGGCUCUUCCCUAGGUGUCCAAAGUGUUUUAUCACAUUUCAGUGAUAUUUUAGAGGAAACUUAGUGCUGAAUUUACAGCCAUAGACUUCUGAAAUGCUUCUUCUCCCAUCUCAAGCCAGUAUUUACACAGUCCUUGAUGGCUUGAUGUGUUGAGAUUGGAUAAACAUUCACCAUUUUCACCAAUGUGAAUUUUGGGAAUAAGUGUCAAUCCCUUGUAGCCAUCUUUUCUUAGUUCUGAAUGGAGGGAGCAAAAAAUGACUUGAAUACUGUUCCUUGUGACAUGUGUAUGAACAGAUAUCUAUUGUAUAUUUCAAUCAGUGCAAAGGUACGGUUUCAAUAGCACUGUUUUAUAAUAUUUAAGAAAGGGAAACGUUUGACUGUCAUGUCCUAACCAUGUACUUACCUAGAUGGAUCUGAUAAUCCUAUUUUUUAUUCACAUUAUAGAGUGGAACAAAGCUCUUGUCAGAACUUUCUGCAAGAUCUGAAGUUUUGCAAUUGAAGCCAAUCUCUGUUUGCAUACUCUUGUACAGAAACUUCAGUAGGACUGUUGUGAAUGCAUAGCCCAGUUUACUUCAUCAUGAAGUAAGUUUCAGGUUUAAAAUAAAAAGGGCAAAAUGUUUCAUUUUGAAUGUUGGAUAAUUUCUAUGCAAAAUUAAAUCUGAAAUAUACAUUUA